AUGGAUCGAUCAGAGGAACGCGUAGGAACAAUGUCAAAAAUAUUGGAGGAGUGUGGAGUUGAAAAUGCUUCUGUUUUUCACGGAGAUUUUCUGAAGACUGACGUAAACGAUAAAAAGUUUUCCAAGGUGACUCACGCAAUCGUUGAUCCACCUUGUUCUGGAUCGGGAAUGGUGAAACGGAUGGAUGAACUGACAGGAGGGAACGCUCAACCGGAACGUUUGGCGAAGUUAAGGAAUCUUCAGGCCAUGAUUUUGAAGCAUGCUUUGAAGUUCCCAAAUUUGCAACGUGCCGUGUACUCCACUUGUUCAAUCCAUGAAGAGGAGAACGAGAGCGUAGUCGACGAGGUCUGA